AUGCGUGCCCUGGGUUUCGAGCCAAAGAAGGAAGAAAUCCAGAAGAUGAUCUCCGAUGUGGAUGAUGAUGGCUCCGGCACUAUCGGCUAUGAGGAGUUCCUUAAGAUGAUGACGCACAAGAUCUUGAAUCGCGAUCCUAAGGACGAGAUCCUCAAGGCCCAGCACCAGGCUUUCCGCCUCUUCGAUGAUGAUGAGACGGGCAAGAUCUCCUUCAAGAAUCUUAAGCGUGUGGCCAAGGACACUACCUUUCCAGGAAGCAGGGGCCCCUCCAAGAUUCCGGCUUUAGAGGCAUUGAAGCUUUCGUGGCCAUGGAAGUCUUCAGACAAAGCAGCCCUAAACCCUAAACCCUGA